UAUAUAUAUAUAAACCUUCUUUUGCUUUGUUAUUCACACCACCAUUCCUCUCAUAUAAAUACACACAUCAUUUCUCUUCUUUCUCUCUAUCUCUCUGCACAAGAAUCUCUCACUCAACUGGAUAUAUCAUCAGCUUUGUGCCAUCUUCAAUGGUUACGGAAGAAGAGGUGGGGCCAAAAGUUGUUCUAACAGCACCAUUAUCAUUGGAGGGGGAAUCAGAUGAUGCUGAUUACAGAGCUCCUAAUCUGCUCCAACGCAUCUUAAGUCUUUUCAGUAGUGUACGGCCAGGAUCUGAUCUCACCCGUAUUCAGCUACCUCCAUUAUUCAACCUCCCAAAAUCACAGCUGCAGUGUUAUGGGGAGUCAGUGUAUUGCUUCAACAUUGACAUGUUAAGCAAGUGUGGAAAAGGGGAGAGUUCACUUGAAAGAAUGACAUCAGUGGUGGCUUGGAGCAUAUCCACUUUGAGGCCUUUGAUGUUUGGUGUGGCUCCUUAUAAUCCCAUCCUUGGUGAGACCCAUCAUGUCUCUAGAGCCUCUCUUAAUGUCCUCUUGGAACAGGUCUCUCAUCAUCCACCGGUGACUGCUCUUCAUGCAACUGAUGAGAAGGAGAACAUUGAAAUGAUAUGGUGCCAUAAUCCUGUCCCAAAGUUCUAUGGUACAAAAGUAGAAACUGAGGUGCAUGGAAAAAGGGAGUUGAAGCUUCUAAAUAAGCAAGAAACUUAUGUGAUGAACUCACCAAAGCUAGUGAUCAGACUUCUCCCAUUUCCUGGUGUUGAUUGGGUUGGAAAUGUAACAAUUAAGUGUGAAGAAACUGGUCUUCAAGCGGAUUUAUAUUACAAAGGAAGUUCAUUUUUAAGCAACAGAGGAAAUAGAUCUGUUAAAGGCAAGAUUUUUGUGCCUUCAUCUUCAAAGACAGUUUGUGAGAUCAAUGGCCAUUGGGAUAGAACUGUUAUAAUUAAGGAUAUGACUACUGGAAAAGUCAAUGAGAUUUACAAUGCAAAGGAAGCACUGUCUGGAAUGAAGACUCCUAUUGUCAAAGAUCGGAAGGUUGUUAUGCCAAGUGAAUCAACAGUUGCAUGGGCAGAAGUAAAUCAAUCAAUCCUAAGUAGAAGUUGGGAUAAAGCAAAGCAAGCAAAGACAAUAGUAGAAGAAAGAGAAAGAGAACUUGCAAAAGAAAGAAAAUCCAAAUCUGAAAUUUGGGCUUCAAAACAUUUUACAGUAUCAUAUAGCAAGGAGUCAGGGUGGGAAAUCACACCAAAUGAGAGGUGGGUCCCUCCAGCCCCAAUUAUUGUUCCUACUUGAUCAACUUGUAAUGAGGAAAACUUCAAUUUUUCAGGUCAUUUUCCUUCAUUAAAUUCAUAUGUUUACAUUUGUAUAUAUGUUGGUUGUGUAGUUAUAAAAUGUCAAUGGCUACUUGUCUCUCUGUUAA